GGAGCACUCAGCGCUCAUCCCUCCAGCCUUGAGACAUAUCUAGACUGCUUUUGAGAACAAUAUCCAUCAUGUGUUUGUAUUUCAGAUGCAGAAAGAAAAAGCUUAUAUACCCUCUUUCUGGAAUCUAUACAGUUGCGUCUUCAACAUAGAGAAGAUUCCACUCCACACAUUCUUAUGGAACAGCAGACAUCCAAAGAGAACCUAAUAAAGAUGCAGUCCAUUGCUGAAAGGCAUCUGGAGCUAGACGAUGCUCACGACCCACUGCUGGCCAUCAACUUUGCGAGGUUGUAUUUGGAGCAGAGCGAUUUUCAUGAGAAGUUUGCUGGUGGUGACAUUUGUGUGGAUAGAUCAUCAGAGUCUGUGACGUGCCAGACUUUUGAAUUAACACUAAGGUCUUGCCUCUACCCUCACAUUGAGAGACAGUAUCUGCAUUGCUGUGGAAACCUCAUGCAAACCUUAAAAAGAGAUUUCAGGUUGGUGGAAUAUUUGCAGGCCAUGAGGAAUUUUUUCUUGAUGGAAGGUGGAGAUACCAUGUAUGAUUUCUAUACUUCAAUUUUCGAUAAAAUAAGAGAAAAGGAAACCUGGCAGAAUGUGUCUCUUCUGAAUGUCCAGCUCCAAGAAGCGGUAGGACAGCGCUAUCCUGAAGAUAGUUUACGUUUAUCUAUAUCGUUUGAAAAUGUUGAUACAGCUAAGAAGAAACUACCCGUUCAUAUCUUAGAUGGUCUUACCCUGAGCUACAAGGUCCCAUGGCCUGUGGACAUUGUUAUAAGUGUGGAAUGUCAAAAAAUUUAUAAUCAGGUCUUCCUUCUCCUAUUGCAAAUAAAAUGGGCAAAAUACAGCCUGGAUGUUCUACUGUUUGGUGAACUGGCAAAUACUGCUGAAAGAUCUCAAGCAAAAGAAGGCUCUCCACGUGAACAAGAUAUACUCUCCCAGUUUGGAGCACCGAAAGAGUCACUGAGGCAGCAGAUCCAUCGCAUGUUUCUUUUACGCGUGAAGCUCAUGCACUUUGUGAAUAGCCUGCACAACUACAUCAUGACCAGGAUUCUCCACAGUACAGGGCUGGAGUUUCAGCAUCAAGUUGAGGAAGCCAAGGAUUUAGAUCAGUUGAUUAAAAUUCACUACAGGUAUUUGUCAACCAUCCAUGAUCGGUGUCUGCUGAGAGAAAAGGUCAGCUUCGUGAAAGAAGCCAUCAUGAAAGUGCUGAACUUGGCGCUCAUGUUCGCAGAAGGCUGGCAAGCGGGCCUAGGAGCUUGGCGGAUGGAGUCUAUAGAGAAAAUGGAAUCUGAUUUUAAAAACUGCCACAUGUUCCUCGUAACCAUUUUAAAUAAGGCUGUCUGUAGAGGAUCCUUUCCCCAUUUGGAAUCUCUAGCGCUGUCCCUCAUGGCCGGCAUGGAGCAAAGUUAAAUAUCUCUAACGUAACAAGUACCUUAGACUUCAUCAUCGUCCAUGUACAUUUUCACCAUUUGCAGCUGAGAAAUAAAAAUCUUUUUAUUUUUUUUUAUUAUCCUAUCUAGACAAAUGAAUUAUAGGGAUUUUCUCUAGAGAUUGUUUAUAAGUAUGUAGAAUUAUGUAUAUAAGGUUUUGUAUCUAACUGCACUGUGUAUAGGUAUUAUCUUCUCAUUUGUUUUAUUUUUAUUUUAUAUAUAAAAGUAUUUGCCUGCUUAUACAUAUGUGCACCAUGUGCAUAUGGGUGCCCAGAAGCAAUGAGAGGACAGCAGAUUGCCAUGCAAGCUUUACAGUUACCCGUCCCUAAAGGUGUCCUAGAUUUGACUGUCCUUGAAGUAUUUAAGCUUUUAUGUGCACAGAAAGGUCCCAAAGGAAAAUAACAACUAAUAUCAGUGUACAAUCCCAGUUUUACUAUGGCCGUCUGUCAUGUACCAAUGUAUAUAAUAUCUAACCAUGUAUAAACUGUGUCAAAUAAAAUUAUGUCUGCAUUUA